UAAUAAGAAGGGCAAAAUUGGAAACAAAAAUUUGUCUCUCAUUUCGUCGAUUUAAAAGAAGCGUAAGAAAUAGAAAAAUAAAUUUAAAAAUUCAAAGGACGAAUCAACACUUUCAUUUCGUUAGAAAAGGACUUUGAUGAAGAACAAAAAAUAAGUCCUCUUUUCACGGUCGAAAAGAGAAUUGAUUUUACUAUUCUUUAUAGUUGAAGAAAAAGGAAAAAAGAAGAUGGCAGAUUCUCAAUCAUCAGAUGGCGGAAGUGAGAGACGAAGUUCCGUCAUUAGUAGGAGAGGUACGAAUGGGACGAUGAACGUCAUAUUUACUGAUCCUCAGAUUCUCGAUUGCUAUAUUUUGGAACCCUUGUCAAUUCCUAUUUUCCAGUGUGAGAGGCAUAUUGCUUGCUCUAGCUGCUGCACCAAAGUUCAGAAUAAAUGCCCUAGCUGCAUCUUGGCAAUUGGCUACAUACGUUGCAGGGCAAUCGAGAAGGUUUUGGAAUCAAUCAAGUUACCAUGUAAAAACGCAAUAUACAGAUGCAAAACCGCGAUGGAUUUGAACCUGAUAAAUGACCAAGAGACCUUAUGCAGAUAUGAACCCUGCUCAUGUCCUUUGGACAAUUGCACGUUUGUUGGUUUAGCUGAGCAGUUGUACUUACACUUCAGCAGAAGACACAAAAAUUCAGCCAAACACUUCUCAUACAAUACAAGGUUCACUAUAUGCUUGAACAAUGGUGAUACUUAUCGAAUCCUUAAAGCAGAGGAUGAUGGAGUUUUGUUCUUCCUCUCUUACACGUUUGAAAUUUUCGGGAAUGCGAUAACUGUAAAUUGGAUUGGACCUUUGUCAUCCGAGAAAAAGUUCUCUUACAAAAUUAACGAAAACACAGGGUAGUGUUCUUUCUUUACAAUCAAUAGCAAAGGAGAUCCAAAGUUCGAGAAAAGUUCCUCCUUCCAAUGGAUUACUUUUGAUUCCGAAUGAGUACUUUGGAUCUUCCACCCAGACGAUCUUGGAGAUUCGCAUUUGGCCUGCGCACUAAAGACAAACACUGAGAAUCAACACAGGUGCACAUACAUUUUGCAAGAAAAGCUGAUUAUUUAUAAACUGAAUUAAACUAUGUUGGCCGGUUGUGAUCUUGGUUCCUUGAACUUUGCAUCUUUUGUGCUUUUUUUUCUUUUCAAAUUACUUGUGUCCACUUUGUAUAUAUUAUCAUCCUUUGUCUUAGAUAGAUACCUAGAAAUGAAAAGUAGACAUCUUUUUUCUA